CUUCUGUUACGCUCGAUCAUUUUUUAUUACGACUUUCGGACGGAUGGGCAUCGGUCCCUCGGAUACUCAGCCAGGCGAUACCGUGGCAGUGAUUCCUGGAGGCGGCGUGCCGUACGUCAUCCGGCCGAACAGGAGCGGGUGGACAUUGGUCGGGGAAUCGUACGUCCAAGGUAUCAUGAACGGGGAAGUGGUUGCAGGAUACUCUGAUGGCGCUGUUGUCAUGGAGUGGUUUGAUCUAGUCUGAGCGAAGAAGUUUAUAAUGCUUGCUGGAAUGUGCAGACCACAUCUAAUUUAGUGCAUUAUACAGGAAGCCCUGCUGUUUCCUGCAUACCUAGGUACCUAUGAUAUCUUGC